ACGAAUUUCUGAACGAAGCGCAAAAUUUCGCCCAGAUUACUCCAAUGGAAAUCGAUAUACUUUUCACUUUGGCCUCCAUGUUGCGUACAGACGGACGUAUUGGACACAAAGAACUGGCUGCCGUCGCGCCCAUCAAAGAUGGUGCGUUGUGUUAUCACAACUACGCCUCCGCACUAUAUGACACGGUUCAUCGUAAAGUUGAGGAUCGUGGCAGGACCCCUAUCCUGUCCGUACUUGAACAAUGCUAUCGUUUCUCCCUUGGCUCAAUUGCCGGUGCGUUCGGGGCCACGGCAGUAUAUCCGAUUGAUCUAGUCAAAACACGAAUGCAAAAUCAACGCACAGGAUCUGCCAUCGGUGAGCUGUUAUAUAAGAACAGCUGGGAUUGUUUCAAAAAAGUGAUACGGUUUGAAGGUUUCUUCGGUCUGUAUCGUGGAUUGGGCCCACAGCUGGUUGGUGUGGCUCCCGAGAAAGCAAUCAAACUGACCAUGAACGAUCUGGUACGGGAUCAAUUCACCUCCUCCGAUGGGAGCAUUGCGUUGCCUGCAGAAAUCUUAGCUGGUGGUUGUGCCGGCGCUAGUCAAGUUGUG